CGAGUAAUUACAGCGCAAUCAAAAUGUGAUAUUUUAAAUCGUUGAAGAUAACUGCCUUGUCAUAUGUUCCGCAUAAUUCUUAACUCUGAUCAAAGCUUGUGAUCGAUACAGUUGAGAACUAAUCGAACAUUACACUACAUGCUUAGCUGACUCAUUGACAUUUUGCAUUGACAUGCCUCAAUUAGCAUAUUUCUUAAAAACGAAAACAUAUUCUAGCUUAAGUGUACUGAUUUUCUUUCUGUCAUUGGUAAAAGCAUGUGAUUUGACUGACAUUGGAAUAAAUUUAUUUUAUUAAGAGGGUGUCGCUUAUUUGAAACAAGAUAUAUGGACACUUCGCCCCAAUCGGAAUUUGCAACAUAUAAUAUAUCGCAUGUUCACAAAUUGGAUCGGAUCGAACUGUUACAGCGUCUGGAAUUGCAUGAGAUGAACAUUUCGAUACAGUCACGUGAUCAACUAUUUCUUUGGUUUAUACCUAAAACAGCGAAAACAACAUAAACCAAUAAAAGGAUGAGUUUAUGUAGCUAAAUUGGUCUAAAGCUCAAAGCGUUCAUAUAGUAGCGAAUGCUCGGUGAGAUAGGAACUCUAUUAAUUCCCUGCUUUAAUGGAUACUCUGCUAUGAUGUGGUUAAUUAUUAAUUACAAUCAACAACUACUGGGGGUUAGCGCAGGUUUUAAUGCCAUCGAAGAGAGAGAAGUGCGUUGGAAUUCGGAGAGAGUAGAUUGGACAGUUUUUCUCUAAAUUAGGAAUUAUGCCCUGAACUUCCGGAAUCGGUUUAUUUAGUAGAGUAGUUUAAAUGUGAUUUUAUUUGUAAUUGAUGAACGUUGUAUAUUUUAUGUGUAAACAAUGUAAUUCUAUGGGAAAACUUAUUGUUAAAACAUUUCCUGUUAUUUUGGAGUUAAAAUGGAAUAUUUAUUCUUGUAAUGCCAAAAUUGUCGGUGAUUGUUUGCCUUGACAAGGAGACCUCGUGAACUAGGAGAGACAUGCUCGAGCAUGACGGCACGAACAAACCAGUUUACCUCGCCUCCCAGGAAGCCGACUCGCUCUCGGAUGAUCUCCCAGGCGAGGAGACACCAGUCAUUUCACCCGCCGAAACCCUGCCAGCCAAAAAUGAUUCUCAGUACUCUGAGGAUGAAGACCGAAUAGUCCUAAAUGUAGGCGGUGUCCGGCACGAGACACAUUUGACAACGCUGAGAAAAAUAGAGCACACACGGUUGUCACGCCUUGCUGAGCAGCACGAGUUCUCGGACAGUCAAAAAGAAGUAUACUUCUUUGACAGGCAUCCUGCGGUUUUCAACUCUAUAAUAGACUUCUAUAGAAGUGGAGAGUUACACGUACCUCUUGAGGUAUGUGGGGCUGUUGUGAAAAGGGAGUUUGAUUACUGGAUGAUAAACGAGAACAAUAUCAAGUCUUGCUGCUGGAGUAAUUAUCGAACUUACAUAGAAAAUCAACGAAUCCUUGAAGCCUUUAAUAGUAACGUCCUGACAGAAAAAAAGAUACCGGAUACAGAUGAUCUUGUUGGUUGGGAGAAAUACCGCACCCAGACAUGGUAUAUCCUGGAGUACCCUGGAACAUCAAGAACAGCCUUGGGCUUUGGUAUCUUAUCCCUUUUGUUUGUGAUUCUUUCAAUCCUGGGAUUUUGUUUGGAAACGCUGCCUGAUUUGCGUCCAAGAAAUGUAUCGUUGGGUGUCAAUAAUACAGGGACGUGUGAAGGGAAAAACAUUACUGUCAACUAUGUCCUUAAACCAAAUGAAGGUUUAAACAUCCUUGAUAUAAUAUGUACGACUUAUUUCACCUGUGAACUUAUAACUCGGUUUGUAUGCUCACCAAACAAAUUUCGAUUUGUUACCUCUAUGAUGAACAUCAUAGACCUUUUGGCAUUGGUGCCUCUCUAUAUGCAACUUAUUUUGAAUUCUGAACCUUUUAAAUACUGCUACAUGAACGAACGUUUGAUAUUUGAAAUCAUGUUUAUUCUCAGAAUAAUCCGAAUGUUCCGAAUUUUUCAUCUGGUCAAGCACUACCAAGCUUUGCAAAUUUUGGUUUAUGCGAUUAAGGCUAGCCUUCAGGAGCUGCUCAUGUUGUUGAUAUUCUUACUUCUUGGGAUGCUUGUAUUUGCUACAAUGAUUUACUAUGCAGAACGAUCGGGCGUCGAAAAUAAUACUACUCAAAUUCCUACCAUUCCAAUUGGCUUUUGGUGGGCAAUUAUAACAAUGACUACUGUCGGAUAUGGUGAUAUUGCACCUUCAACCCCUUUUGGAUAUGUUGUUGGUACCUUUUGUGCUAUCAGUGGAGUAUUAAUGGUUGCGUUAACAAUUCCGAUUAUAUCUCACAAUUUUACAUUAUUCUAUACGCAUGUACGCACGCGUGGCACUGGUGAUGAUGAAGACGACUUAGGUGUGGAAAAUAUGUUACAUUCUGGGGAGGAUUCCAACGUGUAUGAAAACGCGAGGAGAACUUCAAAUGGCUCAAUUGUAGUUAGUGAAAAAGAAUUUUCAAGAAAGGAAAAGGGAUCAGAUCUUUCAACAUUAUGUGCUGCACCUUAUGCAAAUAGCAAGACAGGCCAUAAUGGAGAUAUUCGCUAUGGUCAAAUGUUGUACAGUGCAGACGUUAAACACAAGACGUCAAGAUCAUUGAUUGAUGUGGGACACGUGCACGAGGACGCGGACUACUUUAUAGAAAAUGAAGGAGCUGUAAAAGCUUAUUCAGACGAUGGUGUAAUUUAUACAGGUAUCACAUUAUAAUUACACCCACUUUCCUGGAGAUGUACCUUUUCCUACGAUUGUAAACUUUCCUAUCCUGCUGUUUGACUAUGCCUUUUUGUUUGCUCAAAGUUAUGCCAAUGUAAAUUAUGUGUUACACUUUACCUAACAUUUUCUUUUAUAUCCAAACGCAAAUGCACAACCAGACAUUUUAUACAAUAUGUGAAACGUACGCACUUUUUCAGGACAUUUAUUCGGUAUUGUGGAACGAGAGCACACUAAACAUUUUACACGUGUUGAAGACAUCGCAAACAGUAUCGUUAAGAUAGUAGGAUGUUCAGAGAGGAAAAUAAUGCAUGUUAAACUAAUACUGACUGCUUUUUCAUAAUGGAAUAUUCAAAGUUAACAUUUCUAAAUAUCACUAAUUUGUUUUCCUACUAUCUUAACAUCCACACUUUUCUUCUGUGAUAUUUUUAGUGAGCAAGUACCUUGUGAAUUUAUGUAAUUUAAUAUGUAUGUUAUGUAUGAAUGUACAACUGUCUUAUGUUACAAACCUAUUUUCCACACUAUACAUUAACAUUAUAUCAUCGUUUUGAGAAUUGUUUGACUAUUUUUAUCUACUUAAAUCAUCGAACACUUGAACAAAACAUUAUCUUCAUUACCAUGUAAUUUAUUUAAAAUAUAAUCUAGAGCAUGGGCAACGCCAAUUUGUUGGGACAACAUAUUCCAAAAUUUCUGUAUGAAUGCUGUUUUCAUAGACAUAUAUAUAUGAAAUUUAUAAUUUCAACAUAUUAGAAGUAAGUUUUUCAUCAACUGAUGUAGACAGAAAUAGGAAUAUGAACAACUGCAUUGUGUGAAUAUGUAUAAAACUGCUAAAGAUUAGAUGAAACGAAGCACUGUUACAGUAAUGUGUUGAGACAAACGUACCAUUUCUGUUGUCCAGUAUCUAAAAAAGGGAAGGGUUUUCUUUAAAAAUAUUAUUGUUUAUCAAUUAAUAUUGCUGUUAUAUAUUUAUGAUCAUAUAUUUCACCCAUCUUACGUAAAAUAUCAAAUUAUUUGCCUUUGCAAUUGCACUGACGAAUGCAACUGUAUACAAAAUUCAAUGUAAGUCUUGUAUUUCUUGUUUUUUUACGUCACUGCUGAUAUGUAAUAAAGAUAACUAAACUUUUAUCUUUUCUUUGUUUCAUUUAACCUCACCUUUGUUGUGAAUCCUUGGUGUGUUUUUUUCCAAUAUC